CAAGACAGACGGUGAGAUGAAGCGCCGCACAGGGAAACUAGACCUGAGGGAUGAGUUUUUCAUGGUCCUCGUGCGGCUGAGGACAGGGAUGGCAGGCAGGGAACUUUCCCGCAAUUUCAACAUCACUGAAGCGCAUGUUAGUAAGGUGUUUACGACAUGGAUUAACUUUCUUCGGCGAGAGUUAAGGGCACUGAUCUAUUUUCCAACUGUUCUGGAGACUCGGAAAAAACUCCCCGAUUCUUUUCACAAAUUUCCCAACACGAGAAUCGUUCUUGAUGCAACUGAGGUGCGCACUCAGAAGCCAUCGGCUUUGCUUGCUCAGAGGCAGACCUUUUCUCCGUACAAGCAUUACAACACGUACAAGGCUAUUGUUGGCUGUACGCCCAACGGGUACAUUUGCUACGUCUCGGGGCUCUGGGGUGGGUCUGCCUCAGACCGGACGAUCGUCGAGGAUAGUGAGCUCAUGGGGCAGUUGCAGCCAGGGGACGCCAUCAUGGUGGACAAGGGUUUUAAAUUUAAUGACCUGCCACCUGGAGUGCAAGUGCACAUUCCGCCUUUCCGGCAGCCACACGAGCCUCAGAUGCCUGAGCAAGACGUAGCAAACACCCGGCAGGUGGCAAGCGCCCGGGUGGUCGUGGAGCGCGUGAUCGGGAGGGUGAAGCAAUUUCACAUUCUCGAUCGGCCAUUUCCUAUCACAAUGAUGGACAUUGCUGAGCAGGUGUUUCAGGUUUGUUGCUUCCUAAGCAACUUCCGUAUGCCAAUGGUCAGUGCCAAGUAGCUAAGCAUGGUGCAUAGCAUUGAACUUGACUGACAAAAUUUGCUUUGUUGAACAUUUCAGAAUAACCUUGUUUUUGUAAAAUCCUCUGGCUAGGUUUUUUUCCACUAUUUUAUGUAACUUCACUACUACUCAAUCAAAUUGAGACUUUUUUUUCUAUAUGAGCCAAAUUCACCUCAAGCGAAACCAACAUAAAUGUGGAUGAUUGCUUGUCAGUUUAGCCUUGAGCGCUGACGUCUUUAGAGUGGAAUUUUAUCACGUAAAAUGCCCUUUCUCAGUUGGAUAGCUUUGGGAAACAAUGCACACCCACGCAUACUCAAAGUUUAGGGAAAAAUUGGCUUGGUUUCAGCUUCUGCG